AUGGACACUGCCACUUUAGACACCUUGGGCUUGGCUCCCAUCGAAGUUCACCUGAAGGCCAUCCGCAGCGCCAACUCGACCGUCGAAGCCAUCUUUCGCGGCGCAACCAUCUCCAAGGCCACCGGCGUACCGAUGUUCGUGAAGCUGUCGGUCUCACCCGACGCCAUCGAAACUACCCGCAACGUCUUGAGUGCCAAACCUGUGGGAUUACCGUUGGACCAAAAUGAUUUCUACGAACCAGUGUGGUCCUUGAUUGAAAAGCCGUACCGCAAAUACCUUGCCAAGAUCUUCAGGCUGGCCGGUCACGCGAAGGCGGAGGCGGAGGCGGCCACCGACGUCGUGAUUUUCUUUUUACGCACCAGUGCCGGGGUAGAUCUGUCCAAUCGCAGGCUCCAAUCGGCCGUGACGUCCGACAACAUCCAGUUGUCGCUCAGCGCCGCCAACGCGUCGUAUCCAUUGGGGGUAGGUCUCCAAUUGCAAGGGUUCGGGUUCGACGUCCGCGAAAGGUCCAACACGACCACGGUCGUUGUGAGGAACUUCCGUUAUUUGGACGACAUAGAAGGGCUUCUCCGCGUCUUGACCGUCGACAGCCUCAAGACGAUCAUCGAGUACAAAGUGCUCGACUUCAACGCGCCGUUCCUGUCAACACCAUUAAAAAUGGCCUCAAAGAACCCCCGUCGCGGGCCAUGA